AUGCGUAUUCUAUGCCUCCACGGAGCAGGCACAAACGGUGCCAUCUUUGAAAGCCAGACUGUUGGAUUCCGAUCAUUAUUGCCCAAAGACUGGGAGUGGCACUUCAUAGACGGUGAUGAAGAUGCCUACCCUGCACCGGGAGUGGCUUCGAUUUUCCCGGGGCCGUACUUAAGUCAUUAUACCGAACCCUCACUGAGGAAUGUGCAAGAGGUGUUUGAUACAAUUGACGAUAUUGUGGACGAAGAAGGUCCUUUUGAUGCCAUCAUGGGCUUUAGUCAGGGAGGUGCAAUAGCCACGAGCUACAUACUGCGACACCAGCUGCAGAGACCAUUCGAAUCACCAGCCUUUCGCUUCGGCAUCUUCUUAUGCUCAGCUGUUCCAUUCUCCUGGGAUGCUCAGCAUGGUUACAAAGUUGCUUCUGCGACGCUGAACGAUCAGGAUACUGUGUCCGAUCUGCAAGACUUCCAACGAGGAGGUUUCGAGGAGCCUUGCCCAAGCGAGAAGAGUGCCAUGGAGCUACCACCGCACACAAGAAACCGUGUUCAACGGAUACUGCAAGAUACGUUCGGAGAUAAGACUGAACUGGAUAACUUCCGAAUCUUACUCUACGAUACUACAAAGGAGCAGCUGCAAAUCCCGACUGUUCACGUAGGCCUGCCGAUGACUAUCCGCAGCAUCCAGCAUGUGUGGUUCAGUACAAAUAACCGAGUUGGCUCCCACCCACCAAGGCCUCGAAUAGCUUCAGGCCCAGACGUCCAUCGAAUGGCAUUCAUCAAGAACCACGAUUACCUAGGCUACGAGAUCCUUGGAAACGUCUUCAACAUUAGCGCAGCGGCAUCUUUUGAAACCGAAAAUGCUCGAAUAGUGGCGACUUCGGGACAGGUUGGGGACAUCAGCGAUUAUUCGUCAUUUUCGCCCAACGGCACAGAUGGCCAGCAGUUUAAGGGCGGCCAUGUAAAGCAGUUUGAUGCAGCAUAA